GGUUUCAAUUUCAGCAUGAGGAUUCCUUUCAAGAUCGGUCAGCCCAAGAAACAGAUUGUGCCGAAGACUGUGGAGAGAGAUUUUGAGCGAGAAUAUGGCAAGCUUCAGCAGCUGGAAGAUCAGAUUAAGAAACUCCACAAGGAUAUGAAGAAAAGCACUGAAGCAGAUAUCGCCAUGUCCAAGUCAGCGGUGAAAAUUUCUUCGGAUUUGCUGGCCAACCCUUUGUGUGAACAAGAUCAGAUGUUUAUGGAGACGGUGACCGCUCUGGACACUGCAAUGCGCAGAAUGGAUACGUUCAAUCAGGAAAAGGUCAAUCAGAUUCAGAAAACUGCCAUUGAACCACUGAAAAAGUUCAGUAACGUCUUCCCAAGUCUCAACAUGGCAGUGAAGAGGCGAGAGCAGACUUUACAAGACUACAAAAGGUUACAGUCCAAAGUGGAGAAGUAUGAAGAAAAGGAUAAGUCUGGCCCUGUACUGGUGAAGCUUCACCAGGCGAGAGAGGAGCUGAAGCCAGUCCGUGAGGAUUUUGAAGCCAAAAACAAGCAGCUGCUUGAAGAGAUGCCAAAAUUUUACAACAGCCGCAUUGAUUAUUUCCAGCCAAGCUUUGAAGCACUGAUUCGUGCCCAGGUCAUGUACUACACAGAAAUGUCCAAGAUAUUUGGAGAUCUGACUGGCCAGAUUGAGCAGCAGGGAAUGACUGAUGAACAGCGCGAGAAAGAAAAUGAAGCCAAACUGAAUGAUCUGCGAGCUCUCUCCAUUGUAGCAGAUGACUGAACUAGAACACGUAAAGGCAGCAUACCGCAUCAUAGCUGGGUUUAAUCUGCGGGUUUCCGGAAGAAUCCUCAUUUGGGUGGGUUUGGGGUAAAAGCAGUAAUGUUGUUGGGGACUGAUGUGGAGUUCCUCAGUUUUGAACCUUUCUUUUCCCCCCUUUUUGUACAUCCCACGAUGAAGGUAAUGACAUUGUCUGUGUGGGAUUUGUCUGUUCUCCCUGUGUCUGUAUGGGUUUGCUCUGGGUGCUCUCGUUUCCUCCCACAGUCUAAAGUUAGGUGGCUUGGCCAUGGGAAAUGCAAGAUUACAGGGAUAGGGUAGCAGGGUGGGUCUUCGGGGGGUUGGCGUGGACCUGAUGAGUCAAAUGGCCUUUUGCCGCACUGAUGGUAUGAUUUGACUGGGGCUCCUCUUCAGGGUCUGCUGCUGGUCCAGUUUGACAGGUGGAGAGAAGGCAGCAGUGAAUGGUGCUCCUUGCCUCUGUGCCAUUCCUGCCUAUCCUGGGAGCAGUCCAUGCAAUUCUCUCCUGCCUCUCUCUCUCUCUCUCUUGGCUAUACUGGGCUGCAGGGAACGUGACCUGACAGGAGAAGGCUUGAGCCGCUGUGUUACCAAUACACUGAGUCUUUCCCACCCAGCCUGACUGUAUGUGUCCAUCGUGGAGCAGUCAGUGCAACAAAACGAGAGAAAUAGUGUUUCCAUGGGUCAUCUCGUUCUCAAGAGGACAAUUCAUUGAGACAAUGAUCCUUGCUUUCCCACAGUGGCCAAAGACAGUGAAUUGAAGGGGAGCAGAAUGAGGGGCAGUGAGCUUUAUGGGUAUUGCGCCCAAGACCAAACUCUGGCGACCUUAGCACUACACCAACUGCACCCUAAUUUUCUUAAAGUAUCUAUCAGACCUCAUGGCGACAAAAUACGCUGCUCAGCCUCAGGGAUGUCCGGUCUGUGGGGAAAAUACAACUCCCAAAUUCGGACUAUUUGACCCAAAGGGAUCAGGACAACAGGGCAUUGAGUGGUUUAUUGUUUGAAUCUGAAGUUGGUGAUUGUACUCCAAAGGCAAAACUAAAUGAUCGUUUGGUGGGAGGGAGGGAGGGAGGAGGGAUCUCUGUUUUGAAAAUGGGUUCACGUUUCACGUGGAGCCCAACAAGGCAGUAACAUUGGGACCCUUUUCUUUAUUCAUGGUAUGGAUUUCAGUCUAGCCCACAUUAUAUCAGGGCUUACUGAGUCCUGUGCAGAGCUGCUGUCUGGCAUGUUUCUGAGCUGCUUCAUUGCUCCAUGGUCAGUGGUCUCAGCAACAAGUCAAACCCAUUGAGGAGAGAAGGUGGGCAAGGAAGGAAUUGUUGGAUUCCUCUACAUUUUUCAGGGGCUUGGAAAAUAUAGCUUUCCUUCACCGUCAUCUCUUGUUUCUGCUUCCAGAAGAACACACACACGUUAAUGACGAGUUAAUGUUUCCUCUCUCUGUAGCUUUACAAAGGAUGUGAUUUUGUAAUGUUUGUAAAUAAUCUGAUGUCUUGUGAAUUCUAUAAAAAUCUGAUUGUGCAA